AGAAGAAGCUCAGUCUGCAGUGAGCUGAACAGCCAACCUGUCAAACUGUUUUCUGUUUGCUCGGUCCUCAGGCUCUCCUCUGCACGGGACAGAUUCUGCUGAAGUGAAGGAGUGUGGCUGUGGAGUGACGGUUCCCUCAUGACUUUCACUAAAUGGUGUCCUGGUGAGCCCAACAACGGCUAUGGUGGCAGGCAGCACUGCCUGCAAAUGAACUACUCAGGCAGGAAGUGCUGGGACGACCACCUUUGUAACACUCGGCUGCCGUCUGUCUGCAUCAGGAAGAAGAAAUGGUUCGGAGCCUGAACCGACGACUCGACGGAGCUUCCUCUUUAUGUCUUUUCUUCUCUUCCUGUGCUGCUUAAGAGCCGAGGUUAGACGGUGUGCAAACAGGAGACGAACCGUCUCUGUCACCUGGAGUCUAAAACUUCUUUCAGCUCCAGUUUCUUCCUGCAGAAUUAAAAAAACAAAGAAUAAACUCUCCUCAUCUUUGAAAAAUAAACGCAGAGCAUUAAAACCA